AUGGUUGUGGCUAUAGCAGCUAAUACGAACCAACUAGUCCGAGUUAUUAUUCUGAAACAAUUGGCGAAUGCAAUACUAGAAAUCCUGCUUAACCGCCUUGGAGGGCUUCUUAGCUGGCGGAUCAUUUUCCUGCCAUUCUCUCGAUCUGUUAAUUUGUUCACCAGCCAGCUUGGGGAACUGCGUCAGUUUCUUGACAGAUCCAUGAAAAUCGGCGCUGUCAUGCUCGCGCAGCCAGAACACAUCUUGUCAUUCGAACUUUACGGUCCUGAUCAAUGUCUUCGCGAAGCCAGCCACGAGGGCUGUGCGGCGAUAGAUCUGCAAAACUGGUUUGAUAACCAUGUUUGUGACGUUCUGGACGAAAGCGACGAGCUUCUUAAUCCGAAAUAUCAACUUAUCUACACGAUUAGAUUAUAA